CCAGCACAGUCCAAUACAGUCCAGCACAGUCCAGCACAGUCCAAUACAGUCCAGUACAGUACAGUCCAGCACAGACCAGCACAGUCCAGUCCAGUCCAGUACAGUCCAGCGCGGCCCGGCAGCAGCGAGCUGUCACUGUGUGACAGGCGUCGCAGGGCGAGAUGGACAUCAGGACAUUAAGCUGCAAUUAAUGGCAAAUUAUCAACAAUAAUCAGUGUAAAGUUACUAAAACUGUUCUUUUAAUAAAAUUCACAACCUGUUUACAGUUAACAAGUGAAAAUAUUGCUGCAUGUCUAAAGCACACAGUUUAUAUUUACAAUGUAAGUGUUGGGGCCUUAAUCAGGUCCACAGCCUCUGUUUGAACCACAUGUAUUAUUAUUAAGGUGCAGAACAAACAUUCAUACGUUACAGUUUUUCUGGAAUGACAUCGUGUCGGCUUAAUGUUGUUCAUGAAUAUGUAAACAUGUGGAAAGAUGAACUGUGUGAAUAAAGCUGAAUCAGUUCAUUUAUUUUCCUUAUUAAAAGAUAUAAUCAUGUAAAUGUGCUGAUAUUGUGUUUGUGUGCAAGUCUAAGAAAUGAAUGUGUGACGUGGCUGCUGCUCUGCUGCUGCAUUAUAGACUUAAACACAUGUUAGCAGAGUUAAUGUUAUUCCUCGCUGUCACCAAUAAAAACAGGCUCUAUCGGUCAUGAGCUGCUGCUGCUGUCGUUUUCCUCAACAUUAUCUCUGCUGUUUAGACCCGACGCUGCUGCCUAACUGCGCUGUAAUUGUGAUUAUCCGCAUCAUGUGAUCAGCAGGCCGGCUAUGAAAGAAGGCCUUUUAUAUGAGCUGUGAGCAGUUCUCAGAGGUUGGUAUGCAGGCUACAUCUGAUCCUCUUCAGCUCGCUGGAGGAACAGAAGACACUUCACCGCUGGGUCAUGGAUCAUCAUGCAUCAGGCCAACAAAGUCCUCACAGCCAUGCAUCACAUUUCCAGUGGCUGUCCUUUGCCUACCAGGGCCUCACAGAGAUCCCUUAUGAAACCAUCCUGACACAGACCGACAGCCUGCAGGUGCUGGACCUGAGCUACAACCUGCUGGAUGAGAACCCGGCUCUGCUGGGCCGCCUGGAGAAGCUCAGCACUCUGAUCCUGGACUGCAACAACUACACGUCUCAUGUCAAGUUUCCCUACAUGCCGAGUAUCACCACAGUGUGCAUCAACAAGAACAAGAUCAACAACCUGCCUGUUUUUGUGGAGGAGAUCUGGAGAAAGUUCCCCAACAUCAAGAUCCUCAGCAUGAUGAACAACGAGGCAGCACCCAGCUACUUCAAUGGAGGCAGUCUGACUCAGUACAUAGACUACAGACUCUAUGUGAUCAGUCAGCUUCCAGGUCUGGAGAUUCUGGAUGACACGGAGGUCCUGGAGAAGGAGCGAGCCCAGGCUCGGAAAACCUACCGGCUGCAGCAGAGCGGUCACAGCAGCAGAAAACGGAAAGAGGACUCCUCCAAGAAGCACACGCGCAUUCAGAAAAAGCCAAGCAGCAUUAUAAAAUAAAGACUGUAUCGCCCCUGUUAACACUACAAUAUGCACUGUGUGUUCUAUGUCUGCUUGUAAUAACAUUAAUCUGAAGCUAUGGUAUGUGGUCAUACCAUAUCCUGAAGCCACAGUCUGAGCAUGUCUGCUGGGCUUCAUCUGAUGAACAAUAAUCAAUAAUUAACAAGAAGACGCACAUAAAAGUGCAGCGAGCAGCUCUUAAUGCAGAGCUCUGUACCUGUUUUAUUAAACUAAUAAUGAAGCAGCCAGAGGAUUAUUCUUCUUAUCAUCUGUAAGGUUUCCAUCAUCAGUUGCAUGAACAAAGUCAGCUUUCACACAGGUGCUUACAUGUUUUACAUUUUCCUUCAUCUGCUGACAGAAACGUCUUCCUUUAAUUUCUUUGAGUAGUGCAUUAAAAUCAUUGUGUUCUAUAAAGCGCCAUCAUAAUUUUAACGAUGUGCAUUUUUUAACAACACUAAAUCGACUAUUUCAAAGCUGUUCUCUGCUUGGUCACCAAAGUCGGAGCUGCAACAGGCAGGAUUGAGAAUGACUCCAACAGUCUGAUGUUUCUGAUUGUGGAGAUAUCAGAAAACUCUGAGAUUAGUACUGUCACACUCCAACAUCUGGUCGUGUCCCACAGAAAGGAAUGACAUCAAAUUUUAAUGAAAUCAACAAACCCUGAACUUUUUGAAACAUUUUCUUCACCAGGUAACAAAAGCAGCAACGAGCAGUCAGGCUUGUAACAUUGUAGCUUUUAUUAUUGCCUGUUUUUGCCUGUUCAUUCCUGCUAUGAUUGUGCUAUCUACUGUACAAUAUAAAGCGCCUUGAGGCGACUUUUGUUGUGAUUUGGCGCUAUAUAAAUAAAAUUGAA